UCCAACGAGACACUAGAAAAAGACCAGCGUCGAGCUCAAAACAUUCCAAAGACCGAGAACAUCAUUUAAAGCCAAAGAUGCAGACACCAGUGAUACUUCUGCUCCUUGUUGGCAUUCUGGUUCAAGCGACCAUCAGUUUGCCCUUUGAGAGGAACAGAGCGGAGAUCAGCAACAGAGAAGUGUAUGCCUCCUGGGACGAUGUCAACGUAGUGGCCCACGGUCUCCUGCAGCUGGGCCACGGGCUCAAAGAACACGUGGAGAAGAGCAAGAGCCAGAUGAGAGACAUCAGCAGCAAGCUCAAAGCCUUCAAUGCCACUGUGGCCGAGCUGGCAAGAAACAGCCUGGCCCAGGGGGAGGCGUUAGCGAAGGAAGCCCGGGAGAUGGAGGACAGGGAGAGUCAGGCCGAGAACGUCUCCUCUGAAAUGAGGGUGAAGGUGGAGGAGCUGAGGGCUGAGCGACGGGACAGUAAUGCCAGGAUGGAGAGGCUGGAGGAGAAGGUGGAUGGAGCCCUUGGAGCCCUGAAGGACAGCAACAACAGUAACCACGGUGAUGUCAGCUUCAUCCAGAGAAUAUUGGAAGCACAGAACACACGGAUUGAUGGCUUAGUGGAGAAAAUACGACAACAGCAAGACAAGCUGGAGAAACAGAACAGCCAUCUGCAUGCACUGCAAGGCAGGGUCAUGCACAAGAAAUUCAAGUCCCUUGUUAGACGCAGGGACGAAGAGACAGCACGGAAAAGCACAGAACAAAGAAAUUCUCAAACAGGUUUUGCCAAAGAUUGCCAUGAGCUGUUUCUGCAAGGGCAGAAAAGUAGUGGUGUGUACACCAUCCAGCCUCACAACUCAAUGCCCUUUGAUGUCCUCUGCGAAAUGACAUCCGAAGGUGGAUGGACAGUUAUCCAGAAACGAUUGGAUGGGUCACAGAACUUCAACCAGUUAUGGGAGGCCUAUCAGAAAGGCUUUGGCAGCUUGACAGGUGAAUUCUGGCUGGGACUGGAGAACAUUCACUCUCUGUCGAACCAAGGCGAGAAUACACUUGUGGUGGAGGUCUCUGAUUUGAGAGGAGAGGUGCAACCCGUUCAGUACCCGUUUCACCUGGACGGAGACGAGAAUAACUACGCCCUGCACCUGGGCUCCAGGGAGAACCAGGAGAGCGCUCUGCACACAGGGUCUUCUGGUCUGCCGUUUUCCACUUCUGACCGAGACAACGACCAGAGAGCUGACCUCAACUGUGCCCAGCACCUCUCAGGUGGUUGGUGGUUCAGUGAUUGUGGCAAUGCCAACCUGAACGGCAAGUUUCCUAAGAAGAACGUUCAGAGACAACAGACGAGGAGGCAGCUGGCCUUCUGGAACACAAUGACAUCGCACCACCGUCAUUUGAAGAGCGUUAUCAUGAAGAUUGCCCCAGCUUCCAUCAAGUCCUAAAUGCAUUGGUUUCACUUUCACAACAGUGAGCCAUGUUUUUACACCGGUUUCUCACUCCAUCGUACUCAACAACUGAAGACUACUGACUUUUGCACACACAGCCGACUAAAGGGUACACAGAACCCAUCCGGAAAGAAAACUUCUCAAUGUAUAAAAAUGACAAAGAUUUCUUUUGUUUCUUUUUCUGAAGUUGGAAUCAUUUAGCACUUUGUGAUAUAUACAUUUGCCAUUUAGCCUCACCAUUAGUGGAUCACUAUAAUCCACUGUCUCAGUGGUCUCCAUGUCAGUCAUAUUGAUUGUUUUGUAAAUAACAGUAUUCCCUUUGUAAGAGAAAGCACUUUAUACUUAAAUUUCUUAUGUCUUAAGCCUAUGUUCUAUUUAAUUUUUUCUAUUCAAAUGUUAAAGUUCAUUUUGUAGUGAUUGUACAGCAAACUAAACUUAUCCAAUGUUCAAACAGUAGACAUGAGAAUUAACAUUUCAGUUUCAAUGAAUUAAAGUCUCACAAAAUAUAUGCAUUGAUCUCUUUUACCUUUGUCAUAAACCAACUGAAUGAACAUAAAUGAACAGAUAAACUGAGAAUCAAUAGCUAGAAGGGUUCAUUUCUUAUACUUUUUGGCCACACCAUAGUUUGAUUGCCAGUGUAAAUACAACAUCUGUCCCCACCCAAAAAAUGACACUGCUACAUAGAAAAACUGAAUCAAACUGCUUCUUUGGAUCUGUGGACCGUGAACAAUCCACUCCAUGUGAAUUACAACUCUAUCUCCACCUGCUGGGGGUGAAGUGCUCUAGGACAAUAAUCUGAGCAGAGGUCAGGGGGGAAACAUGGAUCAGAGCAGCUGCAACAGCAUCCUAAGGCCCCAUUAAACGCUUUGACAAAAUUAAUCACUUUGAUGUUGAGUUGAAGGACUUUCAUUCGAUGUUCUGUUUAUUUCUCCAACACACUGAGUGCAUAGACCUACCCACAUACAGUUACAAGCAUUUUAUCUUGCAGAUUCUUUCGAAAUGUUGCCACCUUUCACCGUCCACCUCAAACAUCAGGUCCCUGAUUGAUUUUUAACGGUUGCCAUUGAUUUUGCAUGAUUAUGCUUAUAUCCUUACAAGGCACGUGAGAUUGCCAAGCAUUGGUUUUUAGGCUGUCAUAGUUAUAUCUUCGUGCAAGUUAUACCCGUUGUAAUAUUACAUAAUCCCUUCAAAUAGGGUAACAAUGGACUUACACUCUGUGCAAGGCAAAGAUUUCAAAGCAUGGUCCUUCGCGGCAACAGGCACAAACGCCUUGACGCCUUGGAGCAGGGUAUCUCAGGAGAUCUGCAGUCUUUCAAUGAGUUUCCACACUCAUUAUAAAAGAAUAAGAAGUCAUAAAAAUAUUUUCAUUUAAUACACACUUAAAAUACCAGUUGCAAUGCAUGGCUUCUCUUACUAGAUGCCACUGUGAAAGUCACACAGUACAGCCAAAAUAACAACAAACCAAAUAGAAAGUUGGGAGGAAGAGCAUGUAUAUGUGUGGGAAAACAUGUGUUACGUCCAUGUGCAGUUUUAAGCAUGUGCAGUCUUAAGCCACUGACAGGGG